GCAAAUUCAUUUGACAAAGAAAAGGCAGUUUUAAAGGAAAUUAAAUUUAGUUUGACAUCUCAACUAACAACUUGUAUAGAUCCAGACGAAUUAAAAGAAGAAAAGAAACUUGGCGAAGGCUCAUUUGGUGUUGUAUAUAAAGGCUCUUUGAGAGGAAAUACAGUCGCCAUCAAAAAGAUGAAAACAUUUGCUGAAAACAAUUCCCAAAUUAACGAAUUUGAGAAUAAAGUAGAUAUGUUAAACAAAUUUAGAAGUGAGUAUAUCGUCCACUUUUACGGCGCAGUGUUUAUAAUUUCGAAGAUAUGUAUGGUCACCGAAUUUGCUCCAUUUGGGUCUUUACAAGAUUUGAUUGAAAAUAAAAAGAAGGAUGAAAUUGAUAUGAAACUUCGUGUUAAAUUUAUGAAAGAUGGAGCAAAGGGUGUUUUAUAUUUACAUGAAAAUGGAAUUUUACAUAGAGAUAUUAAACCAGACAAUUUACUUGUGUUUUCAUUUGAUAUAAACAACCGAGUUAAUGCAAAAUUGACUGAUUUUGGAAGUGCAAGAAAUGUUAAUAUGCUGAUGACUAACAUGACUUUCACUAAGGGCAUUGGAACUCCUAAAUACAUGGCGCCAGAAAUUUUAGAAAGAAAAAAAUACAAAAAACCAUCCGAUGUCUAUUCGUUUGCUGUGACGAUGUUGACGUGUUUCACUUGGGAUAAUCCUUUCCCAAAAACACUCUACCCAUUUGCUUGGUCUAUUGCUGAUGAAAUAUCAGCUGGUAAUAGACCAAUUGCAGCCGAUUCAAUAGAUAAAAAGUACAAAGAAGUCAUUGAAAAUGCAUGGAAACAAGAGCCUAUAGAACGCAGUGAAAUUUCAGUUGUGGUUCAACAACUUGAGUUGUUGUAA